GCUGGUGAGUAGUACUCAGGGUAGCUGUGCUGUGGGCUGGAUGGAUCCAGCCAGGUGUGACAGCUCUUCACCUAGGAGGUGGACGGUAGCAGAAACUCACUCUUUACUGGAUCUUAUCCGGGACUUGGGGCUGGUACCAGUGCUGACCCGCAAGGGAUACCCAAACUGGGACAUAUUUGAGAGACUUCAUGUUAUCCUGAAACGCUGCAAUGUGAGAGCGAGCUCAGUGGCGAUUAAGGACCGCUGGCAGUGGCUGAAGGUGAAGUUCUGGCGACUAAAGCGUUUGGCAGACUCUGGUGUGGCUCCUAUUUCCGGAAUCAUUGCAGAUUUCCAAUUCUAUGAGGAGAUGGAGCAACUGCUGGUACCACAGAAGAGAUCCCGGGGCUGUGUAAGAGAAGCAGACAGCACCCGGCAGGACAAUACUCUUUCGGAUUCUGGUUUCCUCUCAGAGGAGGACGAGUUGACAGAUGUGGCUACCUCAAGAAUUCAAGUAAGAGAGAAUGAUGAACUUUCCCCUAGACAGGAGGCUGCGGAGCUGGAGGCUGCCCCUGAGAGAGAGGCUGAGCAGCAGGGAGCUGCUGACCAUAAUAUGGAGCCAAUGGCAGGAGUAGUUCCUGUGUUUGCACAAGAAGAUGCCAGGGUACUCUUAUCUACAAUGCAGCAGUUGCUAUCUGCGAUGGAAAGGCUGAUGUCCAGUGUGGAACAGAUUGCUGGGUCAGUGGAGCAGAUUUCUGCCCAACUGGGAUAUCUCUGCUCCCUUUUGCUUCAGAUGGAUGGGCAGGCCCGUACACCAAAAGAUGGACACCAAGCCCAGGGACAAGGAGGGGGCCUGGAGAACAUUCCAGUAGCUCAUGGGACACGAAGUUCCAGGCUGCCACGUAGGAGCCUGCGGCACAGAAGGCCUUCUGUACGAUACUUCCCCUAAAAUGGGCUUAUGGGGGGCUGGGUGCUUGAGGGAGAGGAAACAGCAUGAGGGUAGUUUAUUGGGUUAAAUAAAACGAGUGGUUGGAGGUUAAUCCCUUAGAGUUUGGGAUGCUGGGGUUUAAUAAAAAUGUUAUUGGUUAAAUUACUGAACAGGUGGUGGCAGCGUAAGUCAACGCCUCCCUUAACAGCCAUAGGUCAAUGGCAGAUUGUUCGUUAGCGCUGUGCAAGUCACGUGCUGCUUCUAGCCUAAUUAAUGUGAUAUUUAAUUGUCAUUAUUUUUUUUUGUUUGAAUAAAGUUUUCAUGUAA